AUGUCGAGCCCUGAGCACUUCCGAUAUACCAGCGGCGAGACUGAUCCCGUCUGGGUUCAUGAGUUGCCCUUCAAGAGCAUGCCCAAGUUUCCAAAGCUUGAGAAGGACCUCGAGACUGACGUCUGCAUCAUUGGCGCUGGCAUUUCUGGUGUCUCGGUUGCCUAUGAGCUUGUUAGCCGUGGUCUCAAUGUCGUCUUGAUCGAGGCUCGCGAGGUGCUUUCGGGUGAAACUGGACGCACCAGCGGUCAUCUCGCCAAUGAUCUCGACGACGGCUACACUGCGAUUGCGAAAAAGCAUGGAGACAAGGGCGCACAGGCUGCGGCAGAGUCACACACAUGGGCGCUGAACCGCGUUGGGGAGCUUUCCAAGCAGCUGGGCAUCGAGUGCGAGUACCGCCAAUUGCCUGGCUAUGACUUUUCGCAGUACCCCAAAGACUCCAAAGACCAUGCCAGUGACAUGGAGACUUUGAUUGAGGAUGGUAAAAAGGCCAUGGAGUUCGGCAUCUCCACAGAAUACAAGGAGGGAUUCAAGCUCAAGGGCUGGGAAGGCAAGAUUGACCAGCGCGAUGCCGUCAUCUACUCCGGACAGGCGACGUUCCACCCGACCAAGUACGUCGUUGGCCUCCUCGAACAUCUCAAGAAACAGCCCAACUUUGCUUGCUACACAAACACUCGAUGCAUGGACGUGCAGGAGAAGGGUAUUGAGAUUAUGGGCUUGGGUCACAAGGACGUAUACGUAAAGACAAUUGACGGUCACACUAUCAAGUGCACUGAUGCUGUUGAAGCAACGUGCGUGCCGCUCCAGAAGUUGUCGGUUAUUGCUGAAGAGGAAUUCUACCGCACCUACUGCAUCGCCAUUCGCGUCCCCAAAGGCUCCGUCGAGGAUGCUCUGUUCUACGAUUCGGCCGAAGCGUACAAGUACGUUCGACUCACACGCUGUGACGACAAGGACGACUAUCUGGUUGUUGGAGGUGGCGAUCACAAGGUCGGCCAGGAUGACACAGUCGCGCCGCUCAAGGAGCUCGAGGAGUGGACCCGUGCUCGCUUUCCUCAAGCUACUACGAUCGACUACAAGUGGAGUGGACAGAUCUUUGAGCCUGUAGAUUACAUGGCGUUUAUCGGCAAGAAUCAAGGUAACAAGCACAUUUACAUCGUCACCGGCGACUCUGGCAACGGCCUGACUCACGGUGUCCUGGCUGGCAAGCUCAUUGCCGAUUCCAUCACCGAACAAGCCAACCCAUGGAUCAGCGUCUACGACCCUAAGCGUCUUGCUUCUAUCGCAAAGUCCGCCGGCAGCAUGCUCAGCCACGAUCUCCAAAUCAACGCGCAGUACAAACGCUUCGCCCAAUCUGAUAUCCGCGACAUUGAAGACCUUGUCCCUGGUGAGGGCGGUGUCUUGAACAAGGGCACUGAGAAGCCGCUGGCCGUAUACAAGGACGAAGGAGGUCAGAUCCACAAGUUCUCGGCUCUAUGCCCGCAUCUCAAGGGUGUGGUGUGCUGGAACACGACAGAGAAGAGUUGGGAUUGUCCUGUACAUGGUAGUCGGUUCAGCAAGGACGGAAUACAGCUUUGUGGGCCUGCCAAAGCGGGCCUGCAGCCUGAGGAUGAGAGCGGUGAAAAGAUGCAGAAGCAGGCUGUCAUGGGAUGA